CGGCGAAAAGAUAAGAGGAAACAAAUGCAUGGACACGAUUGCGCAUGUUGUCGUCGAUUUUACGAAUUGACUGGGCCAUUACCACUUCCGGAUGGAUACAAUACAUUUUUUACACCUGCACCUCGCCCUGGUGAGAAAGAGGUAUGGGAGAAGACAGCAGAAGAGCGGCUGCAAGAUCGGAUCCAACAAAUCUCAAGGCACCGUGUCCAUCAUGAAUCACCCAUGACUCCACCAGGCUUUUGGGAUACAGAUUUCCCGCUAACACCGGACCGUCUAGAGUGGGAUCGAAUUGCAGAUGAGAGACGAGAUCGGAAGAAGCAGAGGAUG